CCCUCAUGUAUCAGGGGGGGGGGGGACAUUCAUGUUAUGGGGGGGCCCUCCAUUGUGCCUUGUACUGACCCCGCCGGUCUAUGCUUAGGGGUACCAAAGCGGGCUAGGCCGGUGACACCGGGAGUGGAUGUGAGCCGUACAGCCCGAGCCGUCCUCCUACCCCGUCUCAGAGAGCCGACACUGAAGAAUAAUAAAGCCCGCCCCCUGGCACUCGACAAUUUGGCACCUAUCCGCCGGUAUUACAGAAGGAUGUUUCCACCUGACCAUCAACUUCGGCGUCCCAGGUCAACCGCAGCCGCCCCGGCGUGCUGGCCGCAUGGUCAUGGGACCUGAGGCGGGGAGUCGGGUGAAGAAGUGAGCGACCCCACAUAGGACUGCUGCACCGCGUGCACCUUGGCAUUAACGAAAAACUCAUCGAGUACAAGGACCUAUCCUGCAGGCGUUGCCGUACUACUCGACCGCCUGGACUACGUCUCCAUGAUGUGUAACGAGCAGUGCUACUCCCUGGCCGUAGAGAAGCUUCUGAACAUCCAGCCGCCAAUCAGAGCUCAGUGGAUCAGAGUCCUGUUUGGGGAAAUCACUCGUAUUCUGAACCACAUCAUGGCGGUGGGCUGUCACGCUCUGGACGUCGGGGCCUUGACGCCAUUUUUCUGGCUGUUUGAAGAGCGAGAAAAGGUAACUUUCAGAGGUGAGUGUGACUCGGGAAGGAACGACCCGGGAGCUCGGCGCAGGGAUGGUGGGAACCCCUCAACAGCCGCAGAUAGUCUCCUGCAGACUUUAAUGUUUGUAUCAUUUUUUAUUCCUCUAUCACAUGACAUGCAGAUGUUGACCAACAACAGAAUCUGGAAGAACAGGACGGUGGACAUUGGCGUCGUAUCCGCAGAGGAUGCGCUGAACUACGGUUUUAGCGGGGUGAUGCUCAGAGGCUCCGGCAUCCAUUGGGAUCUGAGAAAGUCUCAGCCGUAUGACGUUUAUGACCAGGUGGAGUUCGAUGUCCCCAUCGGCAGUAAUGGAGACUGCUAUGACAGGUACUUGUGCCGCGUGGAGGAGAUGCGACAGUCCCUGAGGAUCAUCCUUCAAAGCCUCAACAAGAUGCCUGAGGGGGAGAUCAAGGUGGAUGAUGCCAAAGUGUCUCCCCCAAAGAGGUCUGAGAUGAAGCGUUCAAUGGAGUCCUUGAUUCACCACUUCAAGCUGUACACCGAGGGAUACCAGGUCCCCCCAGGAGCCACAUACACGGCCAUCGAGGCCCCCAAGGGAGAGUUCGGCGUCUACCUUGUGUCCGAUGGAUCGAGCCGUCCGUACCGCUGUAAGAUCAAGGCCCCGGGAUUCGCUCAUUUAGCUGGUUUGGAUAAGAUGUCCCAGGGUCACAUGCUGGCCGACGUCGUCGCAAUUAUCGGUGAGUGUCCUACAAUCCAUACCUACGUUGUUGCCCCUUCGGGUCUCAUUGCCAACAGCUGA